GGAGGAGGGGGAGGAGGAGGAGGAGGAGGAGGAGGCAUGCCCGGCAUCCUCACCCCUCGCACCAUGACCUCCAUCGCUCCCAGUAAAGGUUUGAGCAACGAGCCGGGACAGAACAGCUGCUUUCUCAACAGCGCCCUGCAGGUUUUGUGGCACCUCGACAUCUUCCGCCGCAGCUUCCGUCAGCUCAGCACUCACAGGUGUAUGGAGGACUCCUGCAUCUUCUGCGCCCUGAAGAGUAUCUUCGCUCAGUUCCAGUACAGCAGCGACACCGUGCUGCCGUCCGACGUCCUCCGCAGCGCGCUGGCCAAAACCUUCCAGGACGAGCAGCGCUUCCAGCUCGGCAUCAUGGACGACGCUGCCGAGUGCUUCGAGAACAUCCUGAUGAGGAUUCACUUUCACAUCGCAGAGGAGAGUAAAGAGGACAUCUGCACGGCUCGCCACUGCAUCCCUCACCAGAAAUUCGCCAUGACUCUGUUUGAACAGUGUGUGUGCAGCAGCUGUGGAGCCUCGUCGGACCCUCUGCCCUUCAUUCAGAUGGUCCAUUACAUCUCCACCACCUCCCUGUGUAAUCAAGCAGUGAAGAUGCUGGAGUCCAGGGAGAAGGCCACACCUGGAAUGUUCGGAGAGCUGCUGAGAAACGCCAGCAUGGGUGAUCUGAGAAACUGUCCAAGUCAGUGCGGCCAGCAGCUCCGGAUGGCUCGUGUCCUCCUCAACAGUCCAGAGAUCAUCACCAUCGGCCUGGUCUGGGACUCGGACCACUCGGACCUGGCCGAGGACGUGAUCCACACUCUGGGAACCUGCCUGAGACUGGGAGAUCUGUUCUACAGGGUGACGGAGGAGAAGGCUCGGAGCUCGGAGCUCUACCUGGUGGGGAUGGUGUGUUACUACGGGAAACAUUACUCCACCUUCUUCUUCCAGACGAAGAUCAGACGGUGGAUGUACUUCGAUGAUGCACAUGUCAAAGAGAUCGGUCCAAAGUGGAAGGACGUGGUCUCACGCUGCAUCAAAGGUCACUACCAGCCCCUGCUCCUGCUGUACGCCGACCCGCGGGGGACGCCGGUGUCGGUGCAGGACCUGCCGCCGCCCCUCGACCUGCACCACCUCCACAAGGCCUGCUACGACAGCGAAGACUCGGGCCGGGAGCCGUCAAUCUCCAGCGACACUCGCACCGACUCGUCAACGGAGAGCUGCUCGUACCGACAGCCCUCCCACUCCCACCAUGAGUCCCUGGUCAGUCACUACUCCUCCGACUCCCAGGGAACUGUCAUCUUCCUCCAGCACCGCGACAGAGCCCCGCACACCCCGCUUGCCUCGCUCCGCAGCCUGGAUUCCGUAGGCAACGUGGCGGACGGCGAGCAGAACCAAUAUCGUACAAAAGGAGGUGGGGCCAGGGACAGGAGGCGGAGCUCGAGCCGCCCCCGACGAUCCAAACCAGACAGCGAAGCUCCAUCAGCCGGGUACCACAGCGAGGGAGAGACACUGAAGGAGCAGCAGGCCCCUCGUCACCUCCCCAAAUCGUCUUCGUCGUCCUCCUCGUCCACAAGCCGUCUGAAAGACUUUAAGGAGACCAUGCACCACCUCCUGCAUAGCCGCCCACUGUCCUCGUCGUCCUCCUCGUCCUCUCUGCCGGCUGCCGUCCUCUCCACGGAGAUCUCCUCCAUCAACCACCUCCUCCACCCCGCCGGCCCCGCUGCUCCUCCCUGCUCCUCUUCCUCUGCCGACUGGGAAGCAGACAGCAGCAGUAGCGAGUCCAGGUGCAGCUCCUCGGGGAGGUGCCGGCCCACAUGGCGGCCCCGGAGGGAGGCGCUCAACAUCGACAGCAUCUUCAGCCGCGAGAGGAGGCGCCAGGCGGGGUACAGCCCCCUUGGAGUCCCCCCGUCCGAUUCCGGAGGACCUGCACAGGAGGUCACAUCAGCUGGGCCCAGAUGCUUCUGGACACUCCCUGCCGCCUCCUGCAGGGGAGAAGGAGCAGGCUCAGAGCCAGGCCCUCCUGCGCCUCCUGCGCCUCCUGCGCCUCCCCCCCGGCUCAUUCAGAGGAUGGAGAGCGGCUAUGAGAGCAGCGAGAGGAACAGCAGCAGUCCCGUCAGCAUGGAGGCAGGAGACAGGGACAGUGCUGUGAAGAAGCCUUCCUCCUCCUCCUCCUCUUCCUCGGGGCUGUCUUGGAGGAGCGGCACUCACAGCUCGUCCAGCAGGGGGCGUUUGCGUGAGUUCUCGCCUGAGACAGCUGUCCUCCACCAGCAUCCAGCCUGCCCUCAUGCGCCCCCCGCAGGCCGCAGCGAGCUCGACGAGCUGCAGGAGGAGGUGCUGAGGAGAGCCAGGGAGGAGGAGCAGCAGAGGAGGCAGGAGAAGGAGAAAGAGGAGGCGCUCGGCUUCAACCCACGACCCAGCAAGUACCUGGACCUGGACCAGCUGCAGAUCCAGGGUAAAGGUGACAGCUUUGAGCGCUGUGUGUCGGAGGCAGAGCUUCUUCUCGACCAGUCAGUGCGUCUGGAGCAAGUGGGCGAAGUUGCUGCUGCGCUGUCCGCCGUCAACGAAGCCGUCUUCAAACUGCGUCCGGCGGCGGCCGGGGGCGGAGCUAGUAAUCACAGCCGGUUGCAGCGCUGCAUGAGGAGAGCCCGCAGCCUGCAGCAGCGCAUGCAGUGGCAGGAGGAGGGGCAGCAGCUCCAGGAAGAGCCCAGUGAGAAGCCUCUCUCGGUCGGACUACUUCUGACGGACCAAUCACGUUCCAGUGAGGACCAGCAGGGCCCGCCUCCCGCCACCUGUCUGGUUAAGCCCCUCCCUGCCUCUGUCCCCUCCUCUUGUCCCCCCACAGAUUCACCCGGGGAGGUCGACAGGGACUCCUGCUUACAGCAGCCAGUUCCCGUCCCUUCCCCGGGAGUCCUGGCUCCGCCCCCUCCCCCCAAGGUCACUGACGAGUCCUCCCAUUUGAGCGUUUCAGCACAAGCUCCACCCCCAUACUCCCGGACCCCAUCACCUGUCAGCGAUGGGCGUCAGCUGAUGGGGGUGGAGCCUUUUCAAAAGAAACACAACCAAGCCCCGCCUCUUUCUGCACACCGGAACUGGUCCUGCCUACAGCUGGACCAAUCAGACGCCAUGGAUUCCGCACUAAUCAGCUCAGGCUGCUACUCUCCCAGAGACUCCGCCCCUCUUCACUGGCCCCAACCAGGGGACCCCAGAGCCCCGCCUCCUCAGGGGGUCUUCAGGGCCCCGCCCUCCCCGGGGGACCCCAGAGCCCCGCCUCCUCAGGGGGACUUCAGGGCCCCGCCCUCCCCGGGGGACCCCAGAGCCCCGCCUCCUCAGGGGGACUUCAGGGCCCCGCCCUCCCCGGGGGACCCCAGAGCUCCGCCUCCCCCUGUCGAUUGCUGGGCGGCGAACGUGAGUCGGCACUACGGUUCCCAGAAUGCACCGGGAGGUGAACCGGAGCCCAGCGAGGAGCUGUCGGAGCUGGACUCACUGUAUCAGGCCAGUCUGCGGGCUCCCAGCAUGCACCGGGGCAGCCCAGGCGGGAUUCCUCAGCCCAGCAGCAGCAAGACGGGUGUGAGGAGAACGUUCUCCGCUUCUGGACGGUCGAAAACCCCCACCGCUGAAUUGGAGAAGUUCGUUUUCCGGAGUUCAACUCUGCAGCCGCCCGGUGACGACGAAAGCUACAGCGCAGAGAACCUGCGACGCCUGUUCCGCAGCCUGAGCGCCACGGCGAGACCGGCGGACGGCCUCUCCGCCCGCAGCCACUACCUGGACCUGGUCUCCAGCAGCAGGUCUUGGGGUCUGACCGGAGUCAGACUCUGAGUUACGGCACAUUGCCUCGAGCUCCUCGCCGAGCCCCGCCUCCUCCUGUCUCCGCCUCCUACUCCUCCCUCCCCAGACCCAGACCCAGACCCGGACCUGGUCCUGCUCCUCCAUCAGGUUCUCAGUCGGGUUUCUACUCCACCCUGACUCUCCCUCGCCGCUCUGCCACCACUUCUAACGGACACCGCCACCGUCCGCCCGUCGGGAUGCCGGGCGAAGCCCCGCCCACCCAGCCGCUGCGCCUCGACGUUCCUCCGGAGGGCGACUGGCGAGACCAAUACAGGGCCCUCCGGGGCCCGGUCUGGGACCCCCGGCCCGCUCGCCAUCAUCAGUCACUGCAGACCGGCUCCCAGAAUCCUCCUGGGCGCAGGUCGCGCUGCUCGUUGUGCCAGCAGCUCACGGCGGCGCCGCCGCACCCCUUCUGCCCGUCCUGCAGUGCCUCAGUGACUCGCUGUCACCCCGCCAGCUGAUUGGACACUAUCAGCCUGGCCCCGCCCCCUGUAGAAAACCACCUGCUGCAGUAAAACCCAUUCAGAUCCAAUCAGACAGUGUGUGGACAGUCAAUCAGCCAAUCAGCGCACGGUGCGUUCAGGUGCAGAGGAAACUGGAAUUAGUGAUUGUUUCAUUUUUACUGCUGAGUCAUGCUUCAAGGUUUUACCCGCUCUACUCAAAAACAAGAUCUUCUCCGAAACAUCAAAAACACUAAUUAGAGAAAAUUUCUCUGGAAAACUUAUUAAAGCUGAGUCAGUUUGUGAGAAAGAUGCGUAACCAUGGUUACCAUGCAGUCAGCUGACUGCGUCCAUGAGGACCCCGCUGUGGGGGAUCAGAGGCGUUUCUGAUGAUGGUUCUGCUGAGUCAUGAUCCGGAGUCCAGUAGAAACAUGACUCAGCAGAAACAAGCCAGGAAGCUCCUCCUCCUCCUCACUUGGGGUUGUAGUUGUUGUAGCUGUUAGCUAACGUUAGCCUGUGUUGUUAGCAGGACUUCGCCUCCGCCCCCUGGGAUGAUUUUUUUUUUUUUUUUUUUUUUUAGUUUUGAUGAUAGAAAUUUCUACAUUUUGUUCCUUUUUUUAAAAGAAGUUCUGCAGGAGCUGCUCCUCCCGGGGAGUUGCUGCUCCUCUGAUCGCCUGGCGCUCCGGGAAGCAGAAUCAAACACCCCCAGAUGAGCAGCUUCCUCCUCGUAGGUUUGAACAUUUCUGAGCAGUCAGGAGUUUUCCUGCCGGCUUUUCUUCUUCUUUCUUUUCAUCUAUUUUUGAUGCUUAUUUUUCUACGCAGUGGAACGAACAGAGAGGAUUAAAGAGUCUAAAAAGCC